GUCAUAAGCUAAAAGGAGCUUCAUCUUGCUUUUAGCAUUUCUCAUCAUUCAUUAACAGGAUCUCUAGCAAGUACAAGGAGACGCAAACACAAUGAGAAUACAGGUUAUCUUUGGGAUCCUGUGGAUUUUCAGUCAAACUGCCGCGGUUUUGCUGUUUCAGGAUCCUGUUGUCUGUAAAUUUAAUAAGAAUGAGCAGUGUUAUGUAGCUCUGGGAGAACAACUUCACCUGCAAAUACCUCCAGCAUAUGCGUUUAACCUAAACAUGAGAGACGAUACAUCUGCAAUACGUACAAUUAUACGAUUUAGAAAUAACAACCCUAACUCAAAAAAAUCAGAUCUCCCAAGAUGGCAGUUUGUUAAAGAGAAUAAUACUGUGAUACUAACCAGUGCAGAGACAAGCGACUCUGGAACAUACAUUUUAGACACCAGUGAUGCAGGAGGAACUUUAACAGGCAGUUAUACUCUCCAGCUGAACAUUAACGAACGCACCAAUCUAUCAUCGAAUGUCACAGAUACUACUGUUUCGUUGUUUCCGGAUCCUGUCUGUAUAUUUACUGAGAAUGAUCAGUGUUAUGUUGCUCUAGAAGAACAGCUUUAUAUGCAAAUGCCUUUGGUGGAUGGAUUUAACCUAAACAUGGUAGACAAAACAUCGGCCAAACAUACAAUUUUAAGAUAUAGAAAAAAUCACAGUAACCCACCAAAACCAAAUCUCCCAAGAUGGCAGUUUGUUAAUGAACUGAUGAUACUAACCAAUGCAGAGAGAAGCGACUCUGGGACAUACAUUUUAGACACUUUUGAUGCAGGAGGAACUUUAACAGGCAGAUAUACUCUCCAGCUGAACAUUAAAGGUUUGCUGUUUAAGGAUCCUGUUGUCUGUACAUUUACUGGGAAUGAUCAGUGUUAUGUUGAUCUGGAAGAAGAGCUUCAUCUGCAAAUGCCCUCGGUGGAUGGAUUUAACCUAAACAUGGUAGACAAAACAUCGGCCAAACGUACAAUUCUAAGAUAUAGAAAAAAUCACAGUAACCCACCAAAACCAAAUUUCCCAAGAUGGCACAUUGUUAAUGAUUUGAUGAUACUAACCAGUGCAGAGAGAAGCGACUCUGGGACAUACAUUUUAGACACCUUUGAUGCAGAAGGAACUGCAACAGGCAGAUAUACUCUUCAGCUGAACAUUAAAGGUUUGCUGUUUCCGGAUCCUGUCUGUAUAUUUACUGGGAAUGAUCAGUGUUAUGUUGCUCUGGGAGAAGAGCUUCAUUUGCAAAUGCCCUCGGUGGAUGGAUUUGACCUAAACAUGAUAGAUAAGACACCUGCCAAACGUACAAUUCUAAGAUAUAGAAAAACCCAAAGUAACCCACCAAAACCAAAUUUCCCAAGAUGGCAGUUCGUUAAUAAUAAUAAUACUAUGAUACUUACCAGUGCAGAGAGGAACGACUCUGGAACAUACAUAUUAGACACCUUUGACACAGGAGGGACUGCAACAGGCAGAUAUACUCUCCAGCUGAACAUUGAAGAACCCACUACUCUUGCAUCAGAUUUAAUUACUCAUGGUCAGGAGGCUCCUUAAACAUGGAGGGAGAAGAAGAUGAAGUUCAGCCUGUAAACAAUGAAAUACUAUAAACAUAUAACUAUGAAGCAAUGAUUGGUAGCAAAUGUAACUACUCAGUCUACAUUAUUUCAUGAUUUCAUUUCAGAUUUUUUGGAUUAUUUCGUUUUUCUUACUUUAUUUUUGAUAUUCUUCCUUCUUUAUAUUUCAAUAUUGCCAGAAUGUUUAUUAAAAACAAUUUUUAUAGACUUUUUCAUAGAUAUAAAUCUAUGUUUAAGUGUAUGUGUGUGUGUGUGUGUGUGUGUGUGUGUGUGUGUGUGUGUGUGUGUGUGUGUAGGUUAAAAAUGUCAUUUCUCGUUUGUUGCUUUUUUCCAUUAAAAAAAAAACAGUCUUUGAAAUGAUCAUCCUGCUGUCACUGUUAGUGGGAGCAAAUAUAUACACCAGAAUCUCCAGGAAACAGAGAAUAAUUAAGAGUAAGACUUUAAUACUUAGUAACGUAGAAAAUGUGCUCAUGAACAUGAGUCCAUGUUUGCCAUAAAGUAAAUAAGAUGUAAUGUCUAAAGCUUCCUUUGUGAUAUGUUUUCCUUUGCACAGGGAAAAGCAAAUGCAAAAAGCUCACCCUCACAAUCACCUGUUUCCAAUUACACACUCACUCACAGCCACAGUUUAAAAGGACUUUGAUUCAUUGUUUAACAAUCCCGUGUGCCACUUCUUGCUCUCGGCUUGUUUUUACUGUGUAUUUGAUUCAAGCCUGUACUACAAUAUUCUGUUUGUUGAUUGUCCAACCAUUUGCCUGAUUUGCCACAUCUGAGCAUGAAGAUACUGUUUAUUAAAUCUGUCUUGACCUGCA